AUGAAAGUACUAGCAAUCAUCGAGAAGAAAUCAUUUUUUUUUAAUUUCAAUAUGAAUCACUGGUUCCUCAUUCUCUUGUCCAUCUCCAUCUCCAUCUCCAUCUCUGGUAUACUCAAAUUCAUCGUCAACCGAUACUUUAUCAACACAAAGCCUACUCUCUACAAACUCCCUCCGAGCCCCAUAUCCAUUCCAGUAAUCAGCAACCUCCUAUGGCUCCGCCGCAUCUCUCCCUCUAAUAUCCACUCCAUCCUGAACUCACUCCAUGCCAAGUUAGGCCCGAUUAUAACUAUCUACCUUGGCUCCCGUCCUCUCAUAUUUAUAGCCGACCGCUUGCUAGCUCACAAGGCCUUGAUCCAAAAUGGUGCAGCUUUUGCGAACCGCCCACCAGCUUCUGCUACUCAAAAAAUUGUCACCAGCAAUCAGCGAAAUGUUAGUCUUGCUUUCUAUGGCCCGAUUUGGCGUCUCCUGCGGCGAAACCUUACUGAAAACUUCCUCCACCCUUCCCGCGCGAAAUCUUUCUCUCAUUCGCGCCGGUGGGCGCUGCAAGUCCUUGAGAAUCGCCUGGCAUCCCAUGAAAAGUCUGGCCAGCCUAUCUGUGUCAGGGAGCACUUUCAAUAUACCAUGUUUUGUCUGUUAGUCGUAAUUUGUUUUGGUGAUAAUGUCGAUGAAAACCAGAUUAAACAAAUCGAGGAAGCUCAGCGACGAGCCUUUUUGAGUUUCAAUAAAUUUAAUAUACUCAAUUUAUGGCCAAGAGUGACCAAGAUCGUGUUGCGUAGGCGUUGGGAGGAAUUCUAUCAGCUUCGUAAAUGCCAGCUAGACGUAUCAAUUCCAUUAAUAAGAACAAGAAAGAACUUGCACGAGGAAGACAGGAAAAACAUGGAACCUCAUCAUGAUCGUGCUUUAUGUUAUGUCGAUACAUUAUUAUCCCUGGAAUUUCCCGAUGAAGAAAGAAAGAUUAAUGAGGAGGAAAUUGCUAAUUUAUGCAGCGAGUUUCUAAACGCGGGCACUGAUACUACUACAACUUCCCUGGAAUGGAUCAUGGCAAAUUUAGUCAAAUACCCAAAAAUCCAAGACAGGUUAUUCAUGGAGAUUAAAGAGGUUGUUGGAAAUGGAGAUCAUGAGGAGGUAAGCGAAUCUGAUCUGAAAAGGAUGCCGUAUUUGAAAGCAGUGGUCUUGGAAGGCCUGAGGCGGCAUCCUCCUGCACGCCUCUUGAUUCCACAUGCAGUGAUGGAUGAUGUUGUUUUGAAUAAUGAAUAUUUGAUACCAAAGAACGCGGCCAUAAAUUUCCUAGUUGCUGAGAUGGGGUGGGAUCCAGAGGCGUGGGAAGAUCCACUAACAUUCAAGCCGGAAAGGUUUCUGAAUCAUGAUAAUGGAAUUAGGCAAGAAUUUGAUAUCACAGGGAGCAGAGAGAUCAAAAUGAUGCCAUUUGGUGCCGGGAGGAGAAUCUGUCCAGGCUACCAAUUAGGAAUGCUUCAUUUGGAGUAUUAUGUGGCUAAUUUAGUAUGUAAAUUUGAGUGGAGGGCUGUGGAUGGAGAUGAUGUUGAUUUGUCUGAGAAGGCAGAGCGUACAAUGGUGAUGAAGAAUCCAUUGCGGGUCCGCAUAUCGCCGAGGUAAUCGAGUGUGCCGUGUGGACAUUGGAAAUGCCAUAUCCACUUAUUGCGGGUCAACUGAUCGCCGAGGUCGAUGAAGAUGACAAGUAGAAAUGGCAUUUCCACUUGUUGCAGGUCCACUAAUAAAGAAAUUGCUUUAUAUUUAUUUGAUUCAUGUUUAUAUAAACACAAAAGCAAAGCUCUUAAUCAUCACAAUAACAAGAGUAAAACAUGAGCUUAUGAAUAUGAAUAAUAAUUUAUUUUUUAAA